AUGCCUUUAAAAUGCGUUACCCAAGAUUAUGAUGUCAACGAUAUUCAGUGUGCAUUUUCAUCAUCGGGCUCUAGUAUUGAAGAUCUGAUAACAGCAAAACUUAAACGGCCCGUUGGAUUUAAAGGGGCGCCAAUGUUUGCUGACGACCACGAAAUAAAUACUCAUUCCAACCGAUAUUGUCUGAUCACAAAGGACCCAAAUGACGAUGUGACAUAUAGCUUGAGAAUAACGAACUUUUCCCGCUGCGGAGUUCUAAAACGAAAUGGGUUCGUUCAUGUGCGCAUUUGGUUCCCCCAGUUUCCUGGAGUAGUCAUGCAAUCUGAUCAGGAGUUGAUCAUUAUGUGCAAGCCCCCAGAGCCAACAGUUAUUGAAAAUAAAGCAGCUGGAUUUGCUGGUUCAUUUCCACACGAGGCACGAGUCUCCGGUGUUGUGGAAGAGACGCCUAACCGCUUGGAAUAUGAAGUCGCACUCUAUAAAGAAGCUCCCCCCGUUGCGCGCAUCAGCGGCACCACAAACCCAGUAAGCACCACCAAAGACGUGCCCGCUUUAUCAACGGCGAGCGAGCUGCCGGUGGAUCAGGCUGUUCCGAUAGGCACCAAGCUUCAAUUGCGGGCUCGUAUCAGCGCCCAGUCCGUGUGGAAGUAUAUUAAAUUAAUGGAAGUAACGGUUUCGUCCGACCCCGACCACCCACUCGCAAAUGGCGCUGUAUCUCUGGUGCGCGACGGCUGCCGCAAUCGAGAAUUCGUUACUAUUAUACCGCAUCAACCAGCCAAGUAUCGGGAUCGACCGAACGAGGUCUUUCUCGACUUCGAAGCUUUCUUGCUAAGCUCUAUGAAGGUUCGUGCCACGCUUUGGAUACAUUCCCAAAUAAAGGCGUGCAUGGAUGCCAAGGACUGUGCCCCAAACUUCUGUAUAGAUACAUAUGAGCCAUCUGGUCAAGGUCGAAAAAAACGAAACCUUGUGUCGACAACGCCAAAUAAUAAUUAUACAUCGCCGGAAUUUGCACGCUUCAAAGAGAACAUUAAGUAUACAGUUAUACUGCCGAGCGAACUGGACACAAAAAAGAGUAGCGCUGAUGGAUCAACAAUGCGGUGCCAAGGGGCUCUUCUCAUCACCUUUAUUUUCAUAAUGCUUUUUGCUCUGUGCAUUGCAGUUAUUUGCCUGCUGACCGUUCGAGUACAGAGCGAGCAAAAACUCCGAUCGCUUCAAAUUACUUCUGGGUUCAACUCGGGUUACGGUUAUGCCGGCCGCACAAUCGAUCAAUAAAUGCAUAGAUACAAAAAAAAAACUUCACACACUCACGAAUAUACAUACGUAUGUACAUGUAGACGUGUAUUGUAUGUGCAACGUUAGGCGUGAAGCAACGCAUUUACAUAGUCAGUAAUUUAUGGUGCAUUUGUAUACAUUCAUACAUAUAUAUCUUAAAACAUUUGUACACUGCCUAUAGCAUACACACUACCGUGCUCGGAAAAUCGGGUUUUGGCUUGGGAAAUUCCUGCUUUUUCCGCUUCGCCUAGUCCUUAAUAUACCAUUACUUUACUUUAACA